AUGGCUUUUCUAGGCAUCCUGUCUUUCGGUGGCAUCUUCGCUGGGGUCAAUCCGUCCCAUACUACAUACGAACUCACGCAUGCUUUUCAAACCGCUGAGGUUAAAGCGCUUGUCGUCGAACCUGAGCUCCUGCCAAACACAUUGAAAGCUGCUGCGCAAGCAGGCAUCCCCCGGACAAACGUAUUCGUCUUUGACCAUCACACGCCAGUCACUCGGCCCUGGAAUGACAGUGAGGUCUGGGGCGAGGGACUGGGAGGCGAGGAACGAUGGGGUGGACUCAAAAGCUGGCGAUAUCUGGUGGGUCACGGGGAAAGCGACUGGGUGAGAUGGAAUAACGAAGCACGAAGCAAGUCAACAACAGCGGCACCACUGUUCAGCAGCGGUACAGCUGGACCACCCAAAGCUGUCGAGAUGACACAUCACAAUUUCAUCGCUCAGCACACGAUGGUCCUCGAACACAAAUCUCGCGACUACAAUGUAAUACGCCUCCUCUGCGCCCCCAUGUUCCAUGUCUCCAACGUCCCGCGCGCCCACACCUCACCCCUCCGCUCCGGCCUCCUUACCUACGUAAUGCGACGCUUUGAGCUGCACUCCCGGCUGCACAACAUCGAGCGCUUUGGCAUCACAGAAGCAAACAUGGUCCCACCAAUGGUGAUCCAAGUCAUCAACUCGCCGCUCACAGCACAACACUCGCUGAAAUCAAUCCGCAACUCAUGA